AUGCCUCUCCGUGCUAUUCGUAAGAGAUGUACUGCAGACAACGCGCUCACCGUCGCCAUCGCCGCUACAACUGCCUCUCAUGAGCUGGCAGGUCUGCUGGCGUUUCCGCCAGAUCUGCAAACUAACAAGCGAGAAUGCUUCCGGCUGGCAAAGCGCUGCGUCACGCUUCUCGCGGACGUGAAGGAUGCCAUGAGCGGCCACUGGGAGGAUGCUCCAGAGACUCUCUUGAAAAACAUUGCUAAAUUCGAGAGGAUAUUGGAGAACCUACAUGAGGACCUUAGGCGUGAUAUCGAGGGUAAAUGGCACGAUAGACUCCUUCGCAAAAGCGCCAUAGAGAAAGCUCUCAUUGAGUGCACUGUCAUGAUCGAUGAUGCUGCACGCUCCUUCCAGAUCGUCGCGCUCAUACAUAUCCACCGUGCUGUUGGGGAUCCGCGCGCCAAGGAUCCUGGCUCCAAGACCAAAGCCCUGCCCACUAGGUCGUCGGACGAGUUCUCGACUGAAUCUAGCCCGGCUCCGCCGUACAAUUCGGCAGGAGGCACAACAACGGUAAACGACAAUAUCUCCGAUUUAUCUGUAGAAGAUAUCUCCCUGGUGUCCCGCUCACCCAUGUCCUCCUCGUUUAUGGAAGCAUCCUUCCGCAGUUCCUUCGACUCUGAAUACGUGCUAGUCUCUGAAUCGCCUACAAUGGCCCCUGAUUCUGUUUCGGCUACUUCCCUAUCUUCCUCAUUCCAGAUUUCUCCGCCGCUAUCGUCUUCGACAUCCCUGGCGGAAGCUCCAGCGCGUAUUGGCCCAUCUGAGGAAACAGAUGACAAUCUCUCGGCCGAGGAGCAGUCAUUCCUUGCCGAAUUAGCGUCGUUUGAUGAUAAAGGCUUCCAACGAUACGACUACAGCUCUAUUCGUUCCGCCAGAGGCAAGAAGACAAAGCUUUCUACGGGCUGGUGGGCCGGCGCACAAGAGUUCGAGGCCGACGGACGGACCGUGCUCAUGCUGCCCUAUGCUGCGCCCGACAGUCCCAAAGGCAGGUUGCGCGCCGCUCGGAGGUGGCUGCGAGACGUGAAAACACUCCAGAACGUCCACCAUCCGAACUUACCGAUGCUUAUUGGCUACUCGGGCACUGACGCGCCAACACCUUUCAUCUUACUUGCAAACGGUUUAGUCUUUCAGACGCGCCUUCCGCAGGCCCUCCUGCUUUCCGGACUCGCGAAUGCAAGUUUACUCGAGUGCACUAAGCUUUUGAUUGGCCUCUACAAAGAGACUCUAGAUGCCGCUCUCUACCUUCAGCGCCAGCUGUCCCUGAGCGAGUCGAAGACUCAAGACUAUGUCGAACACGCGUCGUUCCGUGUCUCUCCAUACUCUGACAAAAAGGUGGUCAUGGGCUUGCCCGACCCCGAAGCUGGCGUCGCUGAGAUGCAGAGCUGGCGAAACUACGGACUGGCGUGGAGCAUACGAGAUGUUUGGCUUUCGGUGUUGCCGAACCGUGGACGUGUCAACCGCCUCGUAGAUCUGUACGAUGCGUUGGAGCCCACCAAGCAGAUCAAAGCAAACCACUUCGCGCUUCUCGCCAGGACGCUCCUUCCGGGGAACGAUACUCCAGAAGCCGCGCAAGCACGCCUCGAAACCCUGGCGCGCACUAUUGAGCCGCCUGUCGAAUCUCACGAAGAAGAGGAACAGGAUGAGGUUGACGAGUUUAUCGCCCUGUACGGCACGGAGAGCAACGCGCCUUCGCCAUAUGAUCAAUCAACCGGCGUUGUAGAGAAGCUUACGCUCAAGAGACUACGCCAGGCUGCUCUCCAGGCGGGGACGCAUGGCGUUACAUGGAGCAAUAACUUUGUUCCGCCACAUCUAUUCAGGGUCGGAGAUGUAGGGUAUAUCCGCUCGGAGGGCACCGAGGAUAAAGACGGCUCUGACGGAGAGAAGGAGCCUAAGGCUCUCUGGUCGUACGGUGGAUUUGAUAGGUUUGUGCGGAUGUGUAACAUUCUGGACGAGGCGGCACCCCACUCCGGGUCCGAGAUACCUAUCGAGACCGGCCCCAGAGUAAGUCUCGAAUCAAAGCCAGAGAGCACGGGAUGGACGACAGCAUUUGACCAUGGACGCUUUGAGAAAACGGAACUCCAGGCUUUCGAAGCGGGUGGGGGAAUGCUCGGUUGGCCUAUCGUAACCUCACCUGGCACUCGCCUCACGGUACACAUGCUGCACUCCAACUACAUCGUUAACGUGAAUGACGCGUGGUCGCUACUGCUCGCAAGGGCUCCAGAGCUUGCACGGAAACACGGUGUGCGGCCGGAGGAUCUGAUGCUCGUAACACGCUCAGGCACUGAAUACCGCGUCAAAGUGCACGACAUUAGGUCCGUGCCACCUUCCUUCUAUACGCCGCCCCUCCAGCAUUUCCCGGCGCACCACUCGCCCUUCCCACCGCGCCCUGGUUUCCCUGGGUACCCCCACGGCUUUCCGGGACAUCACCCCCACGGCGGCUUCGCCCCGCCUCCGCCGCUCCCGUCGUACAUCUUCACGUCCGAGGCACAGGGCUUCGAGCCCAGUCUACAGGACACACCCGUGUGUCUUCCCCACCAGGCGCCCCCGCGGCAACAAAAUGCGAGAUGUUUAUGGGUUUUGGACGGAGCAUAUGGCUUCAUGAACUACGUCAGGCUGUGCGCGGAGGACUUUGAUUAG